CGUGGUUACCGGUCCUUCCCCCGAACCGUUGCUUCCGCUAUCGGUUAAGGACCGCGUUGCCAUGGUGUAUGACCUCUUCGAGGACAUGCCAAAGCCCCUGCCGAUACCGCGGGGAAUCCACGGUUCCGUGGGUUCCUCCGAGGUAUACAACGAGACGUCCGACAAGGCUUUCCCGGCAUCAACCUUGCUGCGCGGGAUUAAGCCUUCUUUGGAGAAGGCCUUCACGGCUGCCUCCGGUCGGGGUCUCCCGUUACCUCCCCCGUCGUGGAGAAAAGGGUCUUUCCCAGUACAUGACCUUGCCUUUCCCGAGGCUGGUCCUUCUGCGGAAGCCCAUGUUGAGCGUUUGGGGGUCCGUGCCCCACCGGUUGCCACGGUACCACAAGGUACCUUGCAACAGCUGGACACCCUCGCUCGACACUCCAUGCUGGCAAUGUCUCACGGAGACACAUACCUGGCUGCAGCGGCCAGUCUGGUCGAAGGUUCUCCCACGGACCGAGACCAGCGCAUUUACAACUGCUUGCUCGGUUUGAAUGCUUCCCUGGAGUACGUUGCCGGGGCUUCGGCCUUUGUUUCCGGCACGUGCCAUUUUCUUCGGCGCCAGUCGUAUCUGGUUGCUUCAGGGUUGGACGCUGCUAAUCAGGAGGUGCUCCUUUCGCAGCCUUGGUCUGCUCGGACCCUGUUUAAUAACAAGAUCCCUGGGGUUCUGAAGGAACAACAGGCCGCUGUGUCUGCCGAGGCCUCUCGGCACACACUGGAUCUUGUGGGGUCCUUGCAUAGGCGCCUGGGUGCCGCUCCGAAGCGGAGCGCGCCCCAGGAUGCUGCGUCCGGCAGGCCUAAGGGGUCGGGUCCUUCUUCCUCCGGGAAGAAGCCCCGCUCUGAGGGCUCCGGUAAGGGUUCUCAGCAGCCCUUUCGCGGGAAGAAGGGGAACUGGGGGAAGCCCAAGUCGUCUAAGGACGGCAAGGGCCCCUCCAGGUGACUCUCAUUGGAGGGGUUCGUAUGCCGACAGCGCCAACUUCGGUUGGCCCGUAGGCGAACCCGAGUCACUUGGCCCUGGACAGUUGCGCCUGCCGCAGCCCGUCCGGCCCCCCUCUCUUUCCCCAGUGGGAGCCAGACUCCAGACUUACUGGGAGAAUUGGGAACAAGUGUUCGACGACCCGUGGGUGGUCAACACGAUUCGGUACGGCUAUCGGCUCGAUCUCAAAGCGAUUCCGCCGCUCACCGUUGCCCCGUCGGCAGGUUUCUAUUCUGAAACCGAUCUUCCCUUCCUCGCCGAUGCCAUCGGCAGGUUGGUGGAGAAGAGGGCAGUUCGGGAGUUAGCUCUACCAGAAAUAACACCGGGGUUUUACUCCAGGAUAUUUCUCGUUCCCAAGAAGGACAGUGCCGAACUCAGAAUGAUUCACAACUUGAAAUCGUUCAACGAGUUCUACCUGCGCAAACCGCCCAAGUUCAGAAUGUUGAGCUUGACGGACCUGAAAGCACUGAUCAUGCCGGCCGACUGGCUAGCUUCGAUCGACCUGAAGGAUGCUUAUCUGCAUGUUCCGAUUCACUCGGAUCAUCACAAGUAUCUCAGGUUUGUCUUUCAAAGCAGGCACUACGAGUGGGUUGUACUCCCAUUCGGUCUUUCAUCCGCUCCCUGGCAUUUCACCCGGUUAACCACCCCCAUAGUGGGGUUCCUCCACAGGAGGGGUGUCCGGUACUUCGCGUACCUUGACGACUCGCUAGUAGCAAAUCGAAUGACGGACACCCUGUCACGCCAUCUCGUU